UCUUGUGUCACGAACAAUAAAAAGAUUUCUGCAAGUCAAUUAGCUUCACCGCCAUCAAUACAUAUAGAACGCUCAAAAUCUGAAUGCCAAAUCAGUUCUGCUAAGCAUAAUAAAAGUUUAGAUAAAGAAGCGACAAUAAAUGAUAGAUACACAACAGAACGGAGAUAUUGUGACAAUCUAUCAGAUGAAAAUGGCAACUCGAAAAUGACUGAGAAAGAUAAAAAUAUCAUGUGUACUGGAAGUAAAAACUUAUUAAUAACUGCAGAAAAUGAAUUUCAAAAAGAGGUUAUAAGAAAAUUACAAUUAUUGCUUAACAAAAUGACUGCUCUAGAAAAUAGAAUGAUAUUGCUAGAAACAUCAAACAUUAUGCGGCAUAGGGAGGAAGAAACAGUCAACAAUACUAUAUUAUAUGAGGAGUAUGAUCUUCCAUUACAAAAUAUGCAAGCAUUAGAACGAUUAGAACAGCUAUUAAAAACUAGCUCAUUUGCAGAUAAAAUGGUAAACACGCUGAAACAAGUGGGUGGAGUGAAUUUGUCCAAUAUAAUCCCAAAUAUGUUAAAAAAGUUACUAAGCGACCAUUUUGCACAGACUUUCAGUUAUUUAGGACAACGAAACAAGAAAAAUUUUAGUGCUCUAAAAUUAUGCUCAAUUGUGAAGAGAGUGAUACGAAUUCAUAAACCGGAAUCAAGUGAUACACAGAUUGCUGAGUUAAUAUCGAGUUGGUUGGUUAAUACCGCUAAGUGGCGAGUGCAAAGAGCAGA